GACAGGGGGCAGACAGCAGAUUCUCUUUAAACAGGAAAUCUGAUGGUUUUGUUUUUAGCUCAGCAGUCAGAGCUCAACAACAUGUAGCUACCAAAGCGACCGAAACACCCAGAAAGUGUCCCACAAAGCCUGACUGUAGAGAACAAGCUGCGUUGUUAGGAGAGAUGUCUUUAAACGUGGACUCCGGGGGCGAAGAGAAGAAAAUGAAGACUCUGAUGGAGGGCGAGAAGGAAGGAGACUCUGAAACCAGUUGGGGUGAAGGACUCAGGCUCGUCCUCAUUGGAAAGACGGGAUCUGGAAAGAGUGCUUCUGGAAACACCAUCCUGGGUCGAAGGGAGUUCCUGUCACAGAUCAGCGCCCGUUCUGUCACCCAGGUGUGUCAGCUGGCGAGCACCGAGCUCGCCGAGGAAGAGGACGACAAAGUGGAAGGACAGACUCUCUCACAGAGGAGGAUGAGGAGGGUCAACGUGGUCGACAUGCCGGGUUUUGGGGACACUCACCUCAGUGUGGAGCAGAUUCAUGCAGAGAUCGCUAAGUGUGUGUCUCUCUCCGCCCCCGGGCCUCAUGCUUUCCUCUUGGUGGUGCCUGUAGGACGAUACACUGACAGUGAACACCAGGCCGCCCGGGAGCUGGUGCAGAUAUUUGGGGAGGUUGCUCUCUGUCAGCACACCCUGCUUCUUUUUACCAGGGGCGAUGACCUGGAGGGGAUGGGGAUUGAAGAGUACCUGAGGGAGACUGCACCAGCUGGACUGACGGCUCUGAUUGACAGGUGUGGGGGGCGGUACCAUGUACUCAACAACAAGGACCCUGGUAACUCUGCACAGGUUCAAGAACUGUUAACAAAGGUGUACGAGAUGGUGAAACAGACGAGCACAGGGUUCUAUACCAACACGAUGUUUUUAGAGGCAGAAGCUGCGAUCAGGGAGGAGCAGAGAAGAAUGAUGAUGGAGAGAGGGCAAGCAGAAGGGGAGGAACAGGGGGGGGUCAGCUGCAGCUUGGAGGAGCAGGCUACUCUUACAAAACGAAGGAAGUGUGACCUGGAGUCAAACAGAGCAGGUGGAUCACAGGAGGUCAGGAGAGGGAGCGACGAGGACUUUAGGGUGGAGAGGUGGAGGGAGGAGAGCAGAUGCAGCACCUUCAGCUUCCUGAGGGACGGAGUGAAACAGUGCAGGGAGCAGUUCAGAGGCAGACGCAGAGAGAGCAGCAGAGCGGUGGGAAGGCGACAGUCUCUCCGCUCAUCGUUCAGGAGGGAGGCGGCUCUCUCGGCUAAAGUUCUGCACAGAGUGAAGAUCCUGGUGGCUGCUGGAGCCACAGGGAUGGCUGUUGGAGCAGUGUUUGGGGCAGCUGCCCCUUUAGCUGCUGCAGCCGGGGCGUCUCUGAUGGGGAACUCUGUGGGCUUCGCUGCAGGUCAGUUAGCUGGGAUGUCUGUAGCCGGAGGAACAGGUGUUGGGAAAGCUGUGGGGGCCAUAGUGGCGGCGGCCUCGGGGAAAACAGCGUUGGCUCUCGGCGCAGCAACAGGUGGAGUUUUGGGCGGUUCUGUUGGAGCGAUUGCUGGUGCUGAGGCUGAGAGUCCCGGUGAAGGCGCACUGGAUGCCCUGGGGCAGGUCAGCCUCAUCGGAGUCUCUGCUGUUGGGAUGGCAGCGGGAGUGGGAGGCACCCUGGGAGCUGGAGCUGCUCUGGGUGCAGCUCUGGAGGGAGCAGCUUGGAGCACUGCAGCCCUCAGUGGAACUGAAACCGCAUCAGCAGGAGCAGCGGGUGUAGUGAACGCCUCUGUAUCUCAGAGUUUAGCUUCAGCAGCAGGGCAGCAUGCAGCAGGCGCUGUGGGGAGUCUGAGUGCAGGAGCAGCAACUUCUCAGUGUGCUGCUCCUGCUGCAGCAGCUGUAUCUGCUACAGGAGCGGGUGUAUCUGCUACAGGAGCAGCUGUAUCUGCUACAGGGUCUCCUGGUGCGCUGUGUGGCAUAACAGGGCCCAGUAUGACAUCAGUGACAAACACAGUUGUGUCAGAUCCCUUGGGCACAGUGAGAGCAACAACAUGCUUCCUGAACGCAGUGGCUGAGAUCGGUAAGGCUGCAGCAGGCAUCGUCCUGGCCGGUGGUCUGGUGGUGAAGGUGGUAAAAGAAAGAGUGAGGAGUGGAACAGGAGCGACAGAGGCCAGUUUCUCAGAGAAGAAGUCGUAUGAGAUCUACUGGAACAAAUAG